GCAGUGGCAAGCCACGCGCAACGGAGGUCAAAGGCUUCUGCCAAAUAAUUCAAGUAUUAUUUUAUUUAAAAUUAAUUAACGGAUUUAAUCGAGAGAGUGAGAUUGAGUGUUGAUUGUUUAGGGAGCGAUAUGGAGACGGUGGUUAUUUCACUAAUUGUUGUGAUGAAAUCAGUGCGUGAGGAUAUGAGGAAUGAGCAGUGAGAGGGCAAUGAUAGGUAUUAUUGAUAUUUGAUUGAUGAACGAAUGGGGUGUGAAGGGUGGUGGGUCAUAGAGUGUCGAGUAUGAGUAACAUUGAGGGAUUGUCCAUGCAAGGAGCUAGUGCAACUCCUGCAUCGGUUGGUGGUGGUAGUGGCCUGUCGGAUGAUGCUGAUAUGGCUAGUCCAACGUCAGCCUCGAAUCCAAAACCCAGAAGUGGAAAAAUUAAUUUCAGUGUCGAUGCACUGCUGAGUGGAACGAAAAAAUCACCAGUUAAUUUCUCGACGCGAAGGAGCGUGGAGAAUGGUGAUGAUGGGGCGAGUGAUAUAUCGGAGAAGAGCAACGAGAUGCAGGACGAGGCAAGGAGGUAUAGAGAUUUUUUGUUGAUGGAGCAGGAGCGCCAGCGAGGACUCCAGAGUCGUGAACUCCUAGCAAGACUGAGUCCACUGACACCAAGUGGCCUAUCAGCAUUCCCUAGUUUACAUCACUAUCAUCAUCAGGUGCGCUGCAAUGCAGCAGCUGCUGCUGUUGAGGAUGUCAAGAGGGUGAACACUGAGCGACAGGAUACGAUAACCGUUAAGGACUUUUCAAGAACGGCAAUGCACGAGGAGUCAUCGUCGCCCGUCGGCCUUGCUGAUGACAGACUGAGUGGUAAUUCUAGUGGUACCUCACCUAAACCUUUGGCACGUCGGACCGAGGAUGAAGAUCUCGACGACGACGACAUGGACGACGACAGAAUCACCUCUAAUCGAUCAGUAUCACCAAUAAGACGUGAAAUAGAAAAUGAUAGGAGUGAUUCUGAAGCGCCAAGAUCGUUGGAGGGUGAUGGUAGUUGUGAGAGACUGAUGGAAGUUGGUAGUGGUUCAAGAUCGGAGGACUUAAAUGUCAUGGAUUCUGAUUGUGAAAUGGAACGUGAAGUGGAGGGUGGUAGACACGAGAAGGAAAAAUCCAGUCCCGUUGUACCACAACCAAUUCACCCAGUUCAGAGGCCACCAGGGCCUUAUUUAAGUGGACCAGCACCAGGAUGGUCGCCCACGGGAUUUCCACAUUCCUUGGCUGGAUUCGCGUGGCUACCCCCACCUCCCCAUCCACAUAAUCCCCAUGGACAUCUGUAUACGCCCCAGGGUGGACCAACGAGUCCCAACGGUGACCUGAGAUUACCGGGACCUGGGCCAGGACCCGUGAGGUGCACCCUGAGGAAGCACAAGCCCAACAGAAAGCCAAGAACGCCUUUUACAACUCAACAGCUACUCUCGUUGGAGAAAAAAUUUCGCGAGAAGCAAUAUCUCACGAUAGCGGAGAGAGCAGAGUUCUCAUCCUCGCUUCAUCUGACUGAGACUCAGGUGAAGAUAUGGUUUCAAAAUCGUCGGGCUAAAGCGAAAAGAUUGCAGGAGGCAGAGAUUGAGAAGUUGAGGCUGUCAGCGAGACCGUUGCUGCACCCGAGUUUCGGUACAGGUCUCAUGUUUUCAGCGGGUGUUGGACCACCAGGUACACCAGGUGGAGUACCACCAUUCAUAGCAGCAGCAAUGGCAAGACACAGUCAUGCUGCUGCUGCAACUGCUGCCAUGUUUAUGGGCCCACCUGGUCAUCGGCCGUGAGUCCCUUAUCCAGCAAUAGUUCAAAUCAAAUAAAACUCAAAUCGUGUACUUAAAUUGAAAAAUUUAUAAUGUAAAUAUUGUAUAUAAUUGACGAUAGUUAUUGUACGGAAAAUGUGAGUAUCACCGGAUUGGUGGGUGUAAAUAAUAAUUCAAUAGUGAAAAUGUCGUUUACGCGGAUCUAUAGAUCUUUUACACGCUUUCAGUCUUAUAAUCGACGACGUACGAUCGAGAGGGACUUUAUGCGACAGGCAAACGUACUGGCUACGUGUUCAAUUUAAUGCUAAUCGGGCGUAUGUCGAGUUAAGGCCAGCAAUCCACCAAUUUUCAUUGACUGAGCGUGUAAAUAUCCAUAGAUCAAAAACACAUUAAACUAAAAGAAAAAAAAAAAAAAAGAAAACAAAAGACAUGGACAAAUAUGUAAAUUAUCAAUUCCAAUGGAACACGUAAUUUAAAAUCUCCGCAUGACGAAUGUCAAGGGGUGAAUCAGUUGAUGACUGAGAAAUGAAAAAAAAAUUCCACAAAAUACUGAAAACUGUAUAAAUGUAACAUUAAAGUUUAUCCAUAAAAGAAGAGAGCAAAAAAGCUGAAUACGUU